AUGGCGCGGUUUCACUGUCGUUGGCGUAGCCUGUUCAUCGGUGUGUGCACCCCAUGCAUCUGCCUGCUCCUGCUGUUGGUCUUCCUCACUACAAUGGUGUGCAUGACCAUGAAUGGUGAAGCAGCACCAGGGACCAUUGUCCAGGAAACUCCUUCUCACUCCUCAAACAAUUUGAGAAAAAAGAGCUUCAUCCCAAACGCUAAAACUUUCUGGCUCGGCCCGAAUGAAGGUGCCUUUUGGAACCAACUCCAGCUGGCCCUCGACCGCUAUUUCAACCCCAUCCUGCGCCCCAAUGACUUCAGGAAGAGCAUGGAAAAUAGUAACUUUAAUGAGUCCCUACUGAUAAAAAGUUUUAUUGAACUUACGGACUCGGACAGCAUGCGGAAAAACUUUGAUAAGCUAUCAUGGCAGAUGCAAAAGUUUGUGAGCAACAUGCAAAAGAGGGACUACCCAGCCAUCAUCCAACCAGAUGGAGUAUGUGGAGCCGGGGCAAAGGAUGAGAAGGAGCCCCCUCUGCUUCUUCUGGCCAUUAAGACGACAGAGUACAAUUAUAAGAACCGGAUGGCCAUUCGUCAGACCUGGGGCAAGGAGGGGUGGGUAGCAGGAAACAAGAACAGCAGUGGAGGAUAUGUCCGCAGGGUGUUCCUGCUGGGCAGAGAAGACCCUGAGGAAGUGGAUGUGAGUUUAUCUGAGCUACUGCGGAUGGAAAGUGAGCAUUAUGGAGACAUUCUGCAGUGGGACUUCAUAGACACAUUUUUCAACCUCACCUUGAAGGAUGUGCUCUUCUGGAGCUGGUUUUCAGGCUCCUGCAACCAGACUGUCUUCGUCUUCAAGGGGGACGACGAUGUCUUCGUCAACACCCCCAACAUUAUAACCUACCUACAGGAUCAGCUAAACAAGUCGCGAGCAAACGACACCAUAGCGGACUUCAUGGCUGGAGAUGUAAUAGAUUCAGCCAUACCCCACCGAGUCAACAACUCCAAGUACUUCAUCCCAGACACCUUCUACAGAGGCCACUAUCCUACGUAUGCAGGCGGAGGAGGGGUACUGUACUCGGGCCUGCUGACCAAACGUCUACACGAAAUCUCUAAAAGUGUUCACCUGUUCCCCAUCGACGACGUUUAUGUAGGGAUGUGUAUGAUUCGGCUUAACACUCACCCCAUCCACCACCCGGCCUUCCUCACAUUUGACUUACCUGAGAAGGAAAAGAAGGAGCUGUGUUCAUACCACAAGAUCCUGCUGGUCCACAAACGAACGCCCAAGCAGAUAGUUAGACUGUGGGCCGACCUGAAACGGACACAGAGGCAGUGUUGGGACGUGCCCCUGAGAAAUGCAGUCAAGAAGUGAAACAAACCAAAACUUUAAGACUAUCCCAGCAGAUUUUUGAUCAAGUUUGUCUACUCAAGAAUUGUGCUACUACAGUCAGCAAACAUGUUUGUGAGUUUCUGUUGAAGUUAUGAAAAACUAGUGUCCGUAUAUUUACUUCAGGCAUCCAUGUUCUGGAGUUGUAUUUAAUUACAUUACACAAUGUGAAAACCUUCAGGCUCAUCAACAUGCCAACACCCUGAAUAAUAUUUAAUAAUGUGUUUUUAAACCAGUGUUUUGAAUAUUUUAGUCAAUUUAUUACAGAUUAAACAUACUUCACAUAUCCACUUACUAUUUUCAUAUUAUUUUUUUACUUUUAAAUGUGUUUCUCCUUCCUUUCAGACAGCCACUGGUUGUCAUUCAUCACAUUUUAUGAAAAUAUGUACAUAUAUAUAGUCACGCUUUAGCUGAUGUUAGCAAAAUGUUAAAUAUACUAACAAUUGAUAUAAAUUAGCUAUCAAGUUGCAAAAAAUGCUAAGCUAUUUUGACAAUUCAAGAAGAGCCAUAACGUUUCCGAACCGACCCAGUAAAGUGUGUACUACAAUGCUGAGCUUAAGUGUGCUAACUUUAGCUCGCCACCAUAAAGUUGUGGUCAUAUCAGACCAAACAGCAACUGUUCAGUGUGUUGAAUGUAGCAAUGGUGUGUUUCAUUGUUUAUGAAUUCAACAAUGUGUUCUUUCUUUCC